CUUCCCUCGGCGCCCGCUCCCGCCUCCCUCCCUUUCCGCUGCCGAGGCGGCGGGAGCCGAGCCCCAGCGGACCGAGCCGCGGCCGCAGCGGGCGGCGGGCGCAGAGGCGGCGGCGGGGUGGUCUGGCGACGGUGAUGCGGCGGCCGCUCUGAGCUUGCCCGCUCCAGGCGCCGGGGGAACCGGCCGCGCGGGGCGGCAGCAUGCGGGGCGGCGAGGAGCUGGACGGCUUCGAGGGCGAGGCCUCGAGCACCUCCAUGAUCUCGGGCGCCAGCAGCCCGUACCAACCCACCACCGAGCCGGUGAGCCAGCGCCGCGGGCUGGCCGGCCUGCGCUGCGACCCCGACUACCUGCGCAGCGCGCUCGGCCGCCUCAAGGUCGCCCAAGUGAUUUUGGCCCUGAUUGCAUUUAUCUGCAUUGAGACGAUCAUGGAGUGCUCCCCGUGCGAAGGCCUCUACUUCUUUGAGUUCGUGAGCUGCAGUGCAUUUGUGGUGACUGGAGUCUUGCUGAUUCUCUUCAGCCUCAACCUUCACAUGAGGAUCCCCCAGAUCAACUGGAAUCUCACAGAUUUGGUCAACACUGGACUCAGCACUUUCUUUUUCUUUAUCGCCUCCAUUGUGUUGGCUGCUCUAAACCAUAAAAGCGGAGCGGAGAUUGCUGCCGUGAUAUUUGGCUUCUUGGCAACAGCAGCCUAUGCAGUGAGCACGUUCCUGGCCGUGCAGAAAUGGAGAGUCAGCGUCCGCCAGCAGAGCGCUAAUGACUACAUCCGAGCUCGCACGGAGUCAAGAGAUGUGGACAGCCGCCCUGAGAUCCAGCGUCUGGAUACAUGAGAACGUGUGGAGUCCUCCCGCUGCCCUCGUGCCCGUCCUUCUAAUCAAGUUUUCUUUCUCUUAGCACGUCAGAUUUUUGUGUGAACCAGCUGAAUUUUGUCCUGUUUGGUAAAAAUUCACUUUGGGAAAGGUUGCCUAGAGUGGCCCAGUGACUACUCUGUGAUGGGCCGAAGAGGCCCAAGUCCUCUGGCACUGGGUGCCCGGGGGGAGUAGCCGACUUUAUUGACUGCUCCAGGUCUUAACUGUCUGUCUCAGAAUGCAUGGUCUCACCUGACUCUGAGCCACCCUGUCAUGUGUAUUUGUGAUAAGUCAAAACCUUAUUAAAUGGCAUUGAGAAGGGGAAUAUAUGUCACAAGACAGAACUGCAGGGAUAGGACAGCCACUGAGGUAUUUGGACAUCCUUCCAGCGGGCUGGGGUGCAUGCUGGUCUGUUAGCCCCACCCUCCUGUGCUCUGCUCCCAGAGCAUCUAGGCAGGCAGCGUGGACUGAGAGGGACUCUGAGGGUUGACGGAUGGAUGUGCUCCUGUAACUUCCUUGCCAGGCUUGUAUGUUACAGGGGUAGGAAAAGCUAGUGUCCAAUGGGUACAGCUCUGUGGGACUGACUCCCAGAACAAUGGCCAUUUGUCUCCUGCCCUGCUGAGAAAUCACUUGAUUCUUCCUCAUGUGACUCACCUUCCUGUGGUCCAAACUCACUCUCCAGGAGAGGGGACGUGACGUUUGCUGGGGUCCUGCCUACCUUACACACAUAGCUUCAGGCUGAACUUUCACCUUCUCAGGUGACGGCUGCAGAGCAAGCGGCCCUCCCAUCAGACAGGCAUCCGUCCAUUUGUUGGCCUCGUGGAUCACGUGGCUGUGUGUGUGUCACAGAGUGACGCGCUCAAACUCACACUUCUAUUGUAUGGACACGUCUAAUUUUCUGAAUACGAGACAAGCUCUAAAGUGAUUCCAAGUCAGUUUAUCUAGGAUUUGGAAAUACUUGAAUUUGCACCAGGACGCAUCCUUCCACAGAUGUCCCAUGAGGUACUGCUGUCAUUCUGGGAAUGUCUUCACAGUGAUCAAAAGUCCUGGGACACGUUAGGAAUCCUAGUUAUAUAUGGCUUUUGGAUUGGUUCUUGAUAAACUGAAGAUUAUUUUUUGGUGAAUGAGUUAAACAGGCCCCUAUGAUGCUGUAAUUUUGUUGUUAGAGACUAAUUAUAUUUUUUUUUUGGAAAGUUGAUUUAACAUGUCAGGUUCUCACUCUGAACAGUUGAUGUUUACAGAUCUUGUAGCUCUAAGAUUUUGUGGCUAGCCUCACCAAGGAGAAGAUGUGGCUGAUGGGAGGAUAGUGUGGUGGUCGAGAGCCCCCACUAUCUCCUAAGGACUGGUCACAACCUGAGCGCUGUCCUUUGUAGUUCAUAACCCAGAAGUGGGUGGCAAGGCUGUGGAGAGAGUGAGGAGGGGCUCCCCGUUCACCGUGGCCCUGCAUCGUUCAGGGCAGAGCAGUGAGGUUAUAAGGCUGAAGGGCAAAGAGUGGCUAUUGUCAGACCCCACAGCAGGGCUCAGGAGUCCACAGCAAAUAGGGUCAGCCUGUGUCUGAUUGGGGGCAGGGUGGGGGGUGUCCUGGGGGCUGGCUCCCUAAACCCAGGAUCCAGUGUAAUCCAGUUCUGCUGCAAUUUCAGAUUGGCAGUAGUCCAGGUCCCGAGUUCAGAGGAUGACCCAGCUAGUCUGGUGUCCCCUCCCUCUCGCUUCUCUCAUCCUCCAGACGACGGCCUGGGCCUGGCCCUUGCCCAGCUCCUGAUGGCGAGCAAGCUUUCUGUCACUGGGCGUGUUGAGUCAGUCGGUCAGUGUACAUUGUGCUUUACCAGCCUUGAACCUGUUGUGUGCUGUGAUGUGUGUGUGUGUGUGGGGGGGGGGGGGAGUUGGAUGACAUCUUGAUUUUUGUCAUUUGUAGAUGGUCAUUUUGCCUUUAUUGAGUAUGCCUGUAUAAUCAAAAUCUGACCACCCAGAGCUUUAUCAUAGGAGAAAGCCACCUCUGAAGCGAGGCAGAAGAAAGAAGCAUUCAGAUGGGCUUUCUGCUCAUUUCCCAAGUCCUUCAAUAAACCCGUUUCAUUCUGUGAUGAAAGGAGGCCUUCUGAGGAAGUGGUGUCGGCUGAAAGAAGUGAUCCCGAGGCCCAUUGAGACCCUGAAUACCAAUAAAUGAUAAAAUGUGGCGUCUUAGGGCCUAAGAGACUUGAGAGCAAUUUGCAUCUUAGUGACAGAAUCGUUGUAAUAUUUAUAUCCUGGUAACUAUUUAAUAUCCUUUGUGCUCUGAAGCAUCCCCAGGGCUUUUGUAUAUGUGUUUCCUUGUACUAUUUAACUAGCUCCCACAGAGCCAGAAGUGGCUUGUACACAUUCUGAUAGUGUGAUGCACAAACCUCCUUGCCCUUACAGCUAGUGUGGUGAGGAAAAGCCAUGAAGGGAAUGGCUGUCUAUAGUGAAUGCAGAGACACCCGCAUCUUUCCUGUUGUGCCUCUGUACAAACAGAAGGUAGUAGAUCUGAGGUUUUUAAAAUAACCUCUAUAAAUUGAAAAAGUCAUAUUUUUGUGUUUAUUAAGUCUGCUGUGGACCAAUGCCACUUAGGUUUGGAGCAUUUUGAGUCAACCUUAUCAGUCUCCAUUUCCUGAUGGAAUUUCACUUUCUCAGUUGGAGAAAACAUGACAAGAAAUGCAGUUGUUGGGAACAUCUGAUGUAUUUGUGGAGACGUGGGUUGAAGCCCUCUGGCAUUUGGUAGUUUUGGUGGAUAUUAACUCAUUUUUGGAGGAAGUGCAUUUGGUUGUUUAUCUCGACUGAAUGCCAGCUGCUCCCCUGUUCCUCCACCUUCCCUCCAAAGGCUCAGAGGGGGAAGACUGCGGUCAAGAAAACUUAGAGAUAAGUAUUGGCUCCUGGAAAGGGCAUUCUUUUCAGAGAAAUUCUGCUUAAAGUGGAUAGCCACGCGAUGCAGACUGCUUUUGUCCACAGAAAAAGUAAGACUGCAGUAAGUGGGCCACAUCUUUCUUAGCAGUUUGCGUGGGCAGAGCCUGGGUGAGGGGAGCCAGCAGGAACGGACUGCGCACCGAGCACGCAGCCGAGGGUCCUUCUGUAGACCCUGGAGGGAGACCUACGGGCAGGCCGGUGCGCCUUGCCUUCCGCCCUGUGCUAGAUGCUUCUGGAGAGAAUUUCAGGACUCAGUUGAAAACAUUUCUUUUUUAUUUUUUCAAGUUUAUCUUUGAAGUUUUUUAUUGGUUCAGGCAGUCUUAGAAGGAAUGAAGGCCUAACUCUCUUGUCCCUGCAUGUAUGUGAAUUCUUGCUGUGAAUGAGUCUUGGCUAGCCCUCUCUGUGAUACGAGCUUACCUUUUAUUGUGGAUUUGCAUGUACUAUUUGGAGGAAAUCUCUUGCCUAUCUAAGAGGUAGCCCGAGGAUUCAUCCCUGCCCAUGUCACAUUCCCUGUGGGCCAGUCUUAGGAGCAUGGGGACUUCUGUCCAACCUAGUAGUGAUGUAGGUGCCAUCUGUGUUCAAAACACACAAAAGUCCCAUGGAUAGUAUGCUCCUGCCUAACUGCCUUUUUCUGAAGUUGUCAUCUAUACAGCAAUAGUGACAUUAAACAGGCAGGAGUGGGGGUGGGGGAUACACUUUCUAUGUAGAGAAUUGUUGACUAAUUCUCAUGAGCUGAAAAAAACAAUGCUGCUUUUAGUGUGUGAAGUUUCCAGGUACCUUUUAGUUCCUUGAAGUUCCUGGUUCUGAACUCUGAAGAGUAUCUGAGGUUCCUCUUGCUGUCUGGUUUUAUCAGCACCAGCCCCGUAGCAGGGCCAUCUAGGUAGAGUCUAGUUUGGUGGACACAUGAAGCUUGCAUGACAGAGCUCUGGGGGUGGGGGAGGCUUCAGCGGCAGCAGUGGGGCGACAUGGGCAACAACACUUGAUAUAUUCAUAACCCCCUGCCCUGGAAGCAUGCCCUUAACCUCCCCUCUUCAGAAGAGAGAGGUCUUUGUGCUCCUGAAUGGACUUGAGGGCAAGGGCUGAGUUUUGACCAUCAUCCUCAGUGCUGGCGUAUAGUCUGGGUCUGAGCGGGUGACAGGUCUGCCAGGUGUGUGCCAGGCAGGAAGCAGACAGAACAGACCCCUUCUCUGGGCUUCAUUAGCUUUUCUGACCCCUUAAGAUCUAUUGUUUCUCUCUUCUCAGCAGACAUCUAUAAAAUAAUCAGUUCUAUCUGGUUGAGAAAAUAAUUUGGCACAUCUGACCUAUCAAUGUGUAUGUAGACGUUGUCUAUGAAAGAAAAUAGCAUCAGUGUUAGAUCUAGAAUUUUCUUCUAAAAUGUUGGAUUUCUUGCUAGUCAGUGUAGCAUUGGAUAUAAGUUCUCAGGCUUUGGGUCCCUACUCCCCACCCCCAGCCCCUUUUCUAGUUUUCUCCUAAGAGUAAAGGACUGGAGGGGGCAUUGAGCUCAAAGCCCUAGCUACUGCACAGAAUCAAAUUUCCAUCCUAGGGCCUGGACAGUGUAUCUGUGUCAUUAGUUCACCUCAUCUCCCUCUUUGUUCUAAUUCCAGUAGGCCUUUGGUUAGGGGUGAGUAUCACUUGGACUGUGGCGAGCUAGCAGACUUGUUUGGCUAUGAUUGUGGUAAGAACAUGUCUGGAGCUGCUUCAGGAGUAGCUUUGUUUUCUUUCAUAAUUGUGUCUGAUGCCCCAGCAGGAAGUACCCGGCCCCUCCUUUUUCAUCAGAAUAGCUACCCAAGGAGUCUGCCUGGAGAAAGGACAGUGAAGGAAGCCUUGCACUCACUCCAGCCCAGGGCAGAGCCAGCCUGCCGGACGCGGCCUUCCCAGCUUUGCUUCAGCUCUCCCACAACUGAGUUAGCAAGUCACAAACCAGUCUCCUUUCCGUAGCACUGAAGGGUGCAGCGAUUCCAGGCCUAAAGAGCUGGCUAGCUCAAGGGGUAGCGAGGGCAGAGCAAGGCGCUGUAACCAGGCCUACCACCCCGAGUCUUUCAUAACUUGUUUAUGAAAAUACUCAUUUUCAUUCAUAUAUAACUUGUUUAAAAACAAAUUCAAGUAAUAAUGAAAUUGACCCAUUUGUCUAAAAUCAUUGCUUGGUAACUUGGUUUUGAGACGGUUCCAUGUGGAAGAAUGCUAGGGAGCGAAGCUGUCUGUGUGUGUGGAAGUUGUAGCAGUUUAGGAACCCGUGGAAGAAACACUACGCUAUUUAUUUGUUUGUCCGUCCUUUUUUUUUU